UAAUUCCCUUCGACCCCUCAGAAUCCUAAGUAUUGUAAAUAUAGUGAUUAGAAUUAUCAAGCAACAUAUUUUACGCUUCUUUGUAAUUGUAAUAGUUUGAAGUUUCCAUUUUACGUGGAUUUUUGAACCAUAAGGAUAUCAACUUUACUUCGCGGAUAGAAGUAAAAGCAAAAUGCAGAUCUUCGUGAAAACGUUGACGGGGAAAACGAUCACUCUCGAAGUAGAGUCGUCGGAUUCAAUUGAAAAUGUAAAAUCCAAAAUUCAAGAUAAAGAAGGUAUUCCUCCGGAUCAGCAACGUUUGAUAUUCGCUGGCAAACAACUUGAAGAUGGACGUACUCUGUCAGAUUACAACAUUCAAAAAGAAUCUACCCUUCACUUGGUUCUUAGAUUGAGAGGUGGUGCUAAGAAACGUAAGAAGAAGAAUUAUUCUACACCCAAAAAGAUCAAGCACAAGAAAAGGAAGAUUAAGUUGGCUGUACUGAAAUUUUACAAAGUUGAUGAAAAUGGUAAAGUUAUCCGUUUGAAGAAAGAAUGUACCUCUGAAAAUUGUGGUCCAGGUGUGUUCAUGGCUGACAUGCCAAACAGGCAUUAUUGUGGCAAAUGUUCAGCUACUGUACCAAAGUAGAGAUGACAUUUGUAUAUAUUAAUAACUUAAUAUAAAACUUUUAAAAAAAAAAAACAUUGUUUUAAUAUUUAUUACCCAUUUUGAAUACAAAUCUUUAUCCAGUGUAAUAACUUAGAAAACAGAAUUUCUUUCACUAAUAAUUGAAUCUUUAAAGCUAUUAUAUUUUAUGAUUUAUUUGUAGUGUAUUUAUGAACAAAUGCAUUACCCAGUGUAUUUUAAUUAUUUUAAUUACUUAAAAUAACGUCACACCUUAUACAUGUGUUGUCUCUGUCUUAUAUGUUUACAAGAUAAGUUAUUUUAUGUUAGCUUUAAUUUUAUAGAAAAUUUACCUAUUUUCAAAGUUAAAGACUCAAACAUCAAUGAUGUAGCAUUAGAUAUUUUAAUUUUUAAACUAAAUGAUAUGAACAUAUUUUAUUUGUAAUAUUUUACAUAUUAUAUUACUUAAAAAUGAAAAUAUUAGAAAAAAACCAAAGCUACAUUGGUCAUGUUAAAAUCUUUAAUUUUGAUAAUACAUUAACUUGCUCUAUAUUAAAGCUAGCAAAACAAUAUAUUUUACUUGAGUGCGUUCUAAAACUCAACUAUAGUUAACUUGAGUAACCCAAUGUUGUUCGUCAUAAAAGAGUUAACUCCGCACUACCGUUCACUGUUCAGUAACACAAAGUUGUUGAUUCCAAGUUAACCCGACAAUUCUAAAUAAAUAGGUAGGUUAUUUUAACUCCACUGAUAACAAUAGAGUUAACUCUACUCCAACUAAUCAUAUUCGAACGCACCCCUUAACGUACAAUAGCUAUGUUUUAUGUAUGUAAGAAGAUGGACAACACAUGCAGGUAUAGUGGGACAAAGAGUCAGUGUCUUUAAGAUUGCUAACAAUAUUGACAUAUAUGUGUCUGACGGCUGGAGGAUCAUUCUGUUCAUUUGUACAAUACCGAGAAUGUUACCAGUUGAGACAGUGAUUGUUUAUAGCAACCAGUUGCUAUAAUAAGACAUACAUGUAUCUGCAUGUAGUGUAGAUACUCUUUGGUUUUUGUUUUAAUUCUUUUUUGACAAUUAAAAAUGUAAAUCGAGCAUAUUGUACAAGGUAUACAACAUUCUUGUUGGUGUGAAUCCUUUUUUCAUGUUUUAUACUUUGUAUUAAAUUUAACAAAUUUAAAUAAAAUGUUAAAAAUUGUUGUACAA